AUGAUCCUCGUGACCUUUCAAAUGCAAACUAGUGUAUUUGGACGACCAGAAGAUGAUUUUAAAAACCAAGACUACAACAAUAAAAAUCCAUACUAUUUUGAUCCUUUGGAUUUGAUUCGACCUGGACGAGCAACAUCACCUGGGAUUUUUCCUCCAAAUUAUCUUGGCGCAUUUCUAGGUCCGAAUUUUGCAUCCUACAAAUAUUGUUUAGAGUCGGUCGCGCCUGGCUUUGAGUAUAUAUGCAAUAAUAUAGGAGUUUAA